AUGAGUCAUUAUUGGCACAUGCCGGGGGCUUUAAUAAAAUUCUUUUGUCAAUUUUUCAUAAAUAGUGAAAUUUUAAUUUGGAUAAACUUCUUUCUAGUUCUAUUUAAUUCCAAAAUUAGCAAUAGAAACAUGGAAAAUCCACACAAUAUUAACAUUGAGUCCCAACCCCAAAAGAGGGGAAGAUGGACUGCCAAAAGAAAGUUGGCUCUGCUCAAUGCAUGCAAAGAGCAUAAGCCUUAUCGUGUUGUUCAUGGGUCAAGAACCGAACAGUGGGACAAAAUGCUAAUUGAUGUCAACAGCCAGGAUCCACACCUAACACCUGUCAAAAGACAUUCAAUGAUAGACCAACUAAAGCAACUUCGCGAUACAUAUAAAGUCAUUUUCGAAGAAUUCGAAAAAAGUCCAGCAGACACAGUGAACCCUGACAUGUUGUGUGAAGGGAAUCACGUCGAAAAGGAUAAAGAUCUUAUAGCAGAUAAAAAAGGUGAAAGUAGUAAAGACAAGGGCAAGAAAAAAUCUGAGGAAGCAAUUGCUGGCGAAGAAGCUUCACCCUCCAUUGGUAACGACAACAAGAAAUCUUCCCCAGGUGGCUCGGGUUCUCAACCGAUCGAUAGACAGUCUGAAAUAAUAGAACGUUUAGAUAAGAGCAUGGAAGAAACAAGACAGAUGCGCCAAGACAUUAUAACUUUGACCAAAGUUGUGCUGGACAUUAAAAAUUUGUUGUUAAAAUAA